AUGGCGGAUGCCCUGUCGCGCUCCCCGGUUGAUCGUCCCUCCGAAUCCGACGAGAUCGCGGAGGGCCCGCAGUCGUUUUCAGCCCGCAUCAGUUUACUAGAUACGAUGGAGGGAUCCGACGACGCCAAUCCUGACAUUUUGCUGACCUCCGUAGCAGCGGCUACAUCUGCCGAUCCGAUUAUGCUGUCCCUCCGCCAAACGAUCCUUGACGGAUUCCCGAACGAGAAGUAUCAGUUCAGCGGUUGGCCUCAAGUCUUCCCGUUCCCAGACACCAACACGUCAACGCGACGGGUCAUCGACGCCCUCCGUUCAUUUUUCACGUGUGGAGCUGGCGCCCCGGUGAAACUGUGGUCGGAUGGAGGCCCGCAGUUCAAGUCCGACGAAUUUCUCGCCUUCCUUCGCGACUGGGAUAUUAGUAACGGCCGUUCAUCGCCCCACCAUCCCCAGUCCAAUGGCUACGCGGAAUCAGCCGUCAAAUCGAUGAAGAAGCUCAUCGCAGGCUCUUGGUCAUCAGGGUCGUUCGACCCAGACACGUUUGGCAAGGCUUUGCUUCUCUUCCGCAACGCGCCUAUGUCGGGCGGAGCAUCACCUUCGCAAAUUGUUUUCAGCCGCCCAACGCGCGAUCUCCUUCCCGCACACAGGCGUUCAUUUGCUCCGGAAUGGCAGCAAGCCGCUGAGUUAUUGGAAAAGCGUGCUCAACGUGCAAAGGAACUUCAAAUCCAGCACUUCAACCGUACCGCGCACCCUCUCCCACCCCUGGUGAUUGGCGACAGCGUUCUCAUCCAAGACCACAAGUCAAAACGUUGGUCCACUCCUAGAGUCAUCGUUGAGGUGGGGCCAUUCCGGGAUUACCUCGUCAAAACGCCAGCUGGUCGGCUGUUCCGCCGCAAUCGGCGUUUUCUUCGUGUCAUCUCCCCCCAAAUUCCGCGGCCACAACCGCCAGCGAGCACUUCAACUACGACUUCCCCCGUCCAGCUGCCGGGUCUGGCCCCUCCGACAGCGCCUUCAUCCACUCUCCGUCGUUCGCGUCGCCUGGCCGCCAAGAUCGCUUUGUGA